UCCGGCAUCGCACUACGCUCGCGGGCGGGGAGUCACGUGAGGGAACCAAGAUGGCUGCCUUUCCUUGGCAUGCAAGAACACGAAACUAUGGGCGUGAAUUGGAAUCAUACAGACUGGAAGCUGUGUCUGUGGAAUUUGGUGAUUUCCAUCCACUCAAACCCAUUAUGGUUACUGAAUCGAAGACAAAAAAAUUGGGUCGUAAAGGGAGCACAUCCUCUACAUCAUCUUCAUCAUCUAGUUCAAUGCUGGACCCACUCAGCAGCAUUCUGGAUGGCACAGAUCCUUUAUCCUUGUUUGCAGCUACUGCCGAUCCAUUGUUGAGCAUGACAACGGAUAAUGCCAGGAAGAAGCGUGAUAAAGAUGAGAGUUUGUCUGUGGGAAGUGACUUUGAACCUUGGUCCAGCAAACGGGGGGAAAUCCUCGCACGCUACACAACAAAUGAGAAACUGUCCAUAAAUUUAUACAUGGGAUCUGAAAAAGGAAAAGCCUCAACUCCUGGAUCCACCGUUUCAGAGAAAGUGCGAACCAGACUAGAAGAAUUGGAUGAUCUCGAAGAGGGUUCCCAAAAAGAAUUGCUAAACUUAACCCAGCAAGACUACACGAACCGGAUCGAAGAACUCAACCAAUCCUUGAAGGAUGCGUGGGCCUCUGAUCAGAAAGUCAAAGCCCUUAAGAUUGUUAUCCAGUGCUCUAAACUUCUUUCAGAUACAACCGUGAUUCAGUUUUAUCCCAGUAAAUUUGUCUUAAUAACAGACAUUCUUGAUACCUUUGGAAAAUUGGUGUUUGAACGGAUCUUUUCUAUGUGUGCUGAUCAUUGCACCCCAUUGCCAGAUAAUUUUACUACUGAAAGUGUGAAUGAUAUCGCCAAAGAAACCUGCUUAAACUGGUUUUUCAAGAUUGCGUCCAUCCGAGAACUCAUCCCAAGAUUUUAUGUGGAGACAUCGAUAUUGAAGUGCAACAAAUUUCUUUCCAAAACGGGAAUUUCGGAAUGCCUCCCCCGAUUGACUUCCAUGAUCCGAGGAAUUGGUGAUCCUUUGGUGGCUGUCUACGCUAGAGCAUAUCUCUGCAGGGUUGGGAUGGAAGUAGCCCCUCAUCUGAAGGACAACCUGAACAAGAACUUUUUCGACUUCCUUCUAACCUUUAAGCAAGUUCAUGGGGAUACAGUCCAGAACCAGCUGGUGGCCCAGGGCGUGGAGAUCCCGUCGUAUCUAACACUUUAUUCUCCGGCCAUUGAUUGGAUUCUACAAUGCAUCGCUUACCGAGCUGCAGAGACCUUGUUGACCGAGAUGAUGGAGAGAUGCAGGAAAUUAGGCAACAACGCCUUGCUCUUGAAUUCCGUAAUGUCUGCCUUCAGAGCUGAAUUUAUUGCUGCAAGAGCGAUGGAUUUUAUUGGCAUGAUCAAAGAGUGUGAUGAAUCGGGGUUCCCCAAGCAUCUUCUCUUCUGCUCCCUGGGACAAAACUUAGCCUUAGCUGACCCGCCGGAAAGUGACCGCCUUCAAAUCUUAAAUGAAGCCUGGAAAGUGAUUACCAAGUUAAAGAAUCCACAGGAUUAUAUCAACUGUGCAGAAAUCUGGAUGGAAUAUACUUGUAGGCAUUUUACGGAAAUGAACGUCAGCGUUGAUAAAAAGGGAGCGUGUUCUUACUGGAUGUUUUUCUUUUCUUUUCCUUCUCCUUUCUGACCUCAGCUUCAGUCAAUGAUUCAGAAGGUCAUCACCUAUCUCCAUGACUUCGCCAUUCUCUUUUCAUUGGAGAAAUUCUUGCCAUUCCUGGACAUGUUUCAGAAAGAGUCCGUGAGAGUGGAGGUCUGUAAAUGCAUCAUGCAAGCUUUUAUUAAGCACCAGCAGGAACCCACCAAGGAUCCUGUCAUUCUCAAUGCCCUGCUGCAUGUCUGCAAAACGAUGCACGAUUCGGUAAACGCGCUGACACUGGAAGACGAAAAGCGAACGCUGGCAUCUUUGAUCAAUGGAUUUGUAAGAAUGGUAUCGUUUGGCCGGGAUUUUGAGCAGCAGCUGAAUUUUUACGUGGAAGCCCGAUCCAUGUUUUGCAACUUGGAACCUGUGCUGGUCCAGCUCAUCCAUAGCGUGAAUCAGCUGGCGAUGGAAACAAGAAAAGUAAUGAAAGGGAAUCAUUCCAGAAAAACUGCGGCAUUUGUCAGGGCUUGUGUCGCCUUCUGCUUCAUAACGAUCCCAUCGCUGACCGGCAUUUUUACCCGUCUCAAUUUGUACCUGCACUCUGGACAAGUUGCCUUGGCUAAUCAGUGCCUUUCACAAGCUGACGCCUUUUUCAGAGCGGGAAUCAGUCUGGUUCCUGAGGUACCCAAGAUGAUCAGCAUAGACGGGAAGCUGCGGCCUUCGGAAGGCUACCUCUUAGAAUUCCUCUGCAACUUCUUUUCAACUUUGUUAAUCGUUCCUGACCAUCCUGAACAAGGUGUGCUGUUCCUCGUGCGGGGGCUGCUCAACGUUAUCCAGGAUUACACUUGGGAAGAUAACAGCGAUGACAAAGUCAAAAUUUACACCAAUGUGGUGCAUCUUCUCUCUGCAAUGGGUCAAGAGACCUACCUCUAUCACAUAGACAAAGUUGAAUCUAAUGAUACCUUGUAUGGCGGAGACACCAAGUUUUUGGCAGAAACAAGCAGGUUGUGUGAAACGGUGAUCAGCCAAAUCUUGGAGCAUUUGAAGAACCUUGGAAAAGACGAGACUCUAAAGCGUCAAAGUCACCUGGCCCUCUGCUUCUUCAAUAGCCUCUUGGCUCACGCCGAUCUGCGGAACAACAAACUCAACCAGUUGGCCGUCAACCUGUGGAACCUGGCUCAGAAACAUGGCUUUGCGGACACCAAAACCACAGUCAAAACCUUGGAAUACAUCAAGCUGCAGAGUAAACACCCUGAAUUCAGCCACUUUACAGAGCUGACGCUACGGCUCCCUUUGCAGUCAAGAACUUAAAUGGAUGUCCAACUGGGCAAUUACAUCCCUGGAAAGGUCGUUCUCCAAGCCCUUUAAACUCGCAAGCUGCCUCACAGGAUGUGAUCAGAGUUUGGUAUCUUUUCCCUUUAAAAGGUCCCUUGGCGCACGAUAAGAUUUACUUGGUUGGAGAAGAAAAGGUAAAUUUUCCUGGUGAUACAGUCA